AUGAGCGCGGGGGGCGAGGCCUGCUGCCCCGGGCUGCUGCUGACGCUCAGCUGGCUGCUCCUGGCAGGCCUCCGGGCCGCCUGCGGGGUCAACGAUGCCGCUGUCCAGGAUCCCAGCUUGGUCCGCGAGGGUGCGGGUGCGGACGAGGCCCAUGACGAGGGCAAGACCCAGAGCUUCAGCGAGGCAGACCCCGAGGCUCGGGCUGAGAUGGGGCAGGACGUUUCAAAUAUGACAGCAGUCAAAGAAGUAGAAUUUGGGAUGUGCACUGUUACAUGUGGUAUUGGUAUUAGAGAAGUUAUAUUAACAAAUGGAUGCCCUGGAGAUGAAUCCAAGUGUAUCAUACGGGUGGAGGAAUGCCGUGCGCCAGUGGAUUGUGGCUGGGGCAAACCAAUUUCAGAAAGUCUUGACAGUGUUAGACUGGCAUGUAGUCAUACAUCUCCCAUAAACCGUUUCAAGUAUGUUUGGAAGCUUCUCAAGCCAGACCAACAACCUGUUAUACUUUCACAUGAUUCAGCAAUCAUCGAAGUAACCAGGGACAUUCACCCCUUGGCUUUCCAGUGCGACACCUUUGAUAAUAAUGAACUAGUAGCAUCUAUUAAAUUCACAGUCUAUACAACAAGUGAGUUGCAGGUGAGAAGAUUAAGCCGACCAGAAACUGAUGCAGUCCUAGUGUUUGUGCUGACCAUUGGAGUCAUUAUGUGUAUAUUCGUGAUCUUUAUACUGAUCUUCAUAAUUAUAAACUGGGUGGCAGUCAAGGCUUUCUGGGAGACAAAAGCCUCAACAACUGACAUACAAUCUGAGCCGAAUUUAGUGAAAUAA